AUGUCAAGCAAAAUCGAAGAAGCUCAGGAACACAUUCGCCAAGCAGAGAAGUGCUUGAAGACUUCCCUCCUCAAAUGGAGACCAGAUUAUGAUAACGCAGCCGAAGAAUACAAUAAAGCAGCGACCUGCUUUCGGAACGCGAAGUCGCUCGAUCAAUGUCGCGAGUGUCUGAUGAAAUCGUCCGACUGCCAUCGCCAGAAUCGGGCUUUGUUUCACGCGGCCAAGUGUCUCGACCAGGCCAUAUUGAUCUGCAAAGAGAUGAACAAUUUCGGCGAAAUUCGGAAGCUUGCUGAGAGGUCGUGCAAUCUAUACCAGCAACACGGCUCCCCUGAAUCUGGCGCGACUGUGCUGGAUAAGGCGGCGAAGAUACUUGAACAGUCCCACCCUGAAGACGCUUUGCAGCUUUACAAACAAGCGGUGGAUGUUGUAACGAUUGAAGAUUCGACCCGCCAGGGAGCGGAAUAUGCUAGCAAGGUCGCUCGAAUCAUGGUUAAGUUGGGAAUGUACGAUCAAGCAGCGGACGCUAUACGACGAGAGAUUGGACUUCACCAGCAGGUCGGCUCAGACGGCGCAAUCGGAAGGCUGGCAGUUGCACUUGUACUGGUACAGCUCGCCCGCGGAGAUUACGUAGCGGCUGAAAAAGCUUUCAAGGAAUGGGGCAAUUGUUGCGACGUGGCAGAAGUGCAGACAUUGGAAUCUUUGUUGCAGGCAUAUGACGACGAAGAUCCGGAAUUGGCACAGCGAGCUCUGUCGUCACCCUUCAUUCGACAUAUGGAUGUCGAGUAUGCUAGGCUGGCACGGGACUUACCAUUGCCCAAGGGAGUGGCCAUUGCACCGAAAGCCAACGUCAUUGAAAAUGCAGCAGCUUCGUAUAUUUCUCCGAACAGUGGUGGCUCGGGAGACCAAACCGACAAGGCUCCAAAAGCUCCGGCUGGUGCUGCAGCUCUCGACGAGGAUGAAGGUGGCCUAUGUUAG